UAGUCCUAAAGAAGAAAGCCAGGCACGUGUAACAGCAGCGCAACGCCACUUUUGAAUCAAACUUCACUGACAUAUUUGCCUGCUUCUCCGUUCAGCCGUUUCCAGAUUUUCCUCCCAUUCCAGUAUUGGACAGAAGUAGAAUCUGAGUAAAACUGAGAUACAUGGCUAAUCUCCCUCCGAAUCUCUCGAUGGGCGCCGCCGCCGCUUUCGGAGGAGGUCCUGGCUCUUCCUCCGCCACCGCCGUCGGCGCUCAGCCCAACAAGGAACGCAAAAUGCAAUCUGCUGAGCAGCUCGUGCUCGACCUCAGCAAUCCUGAUCUCCGAGAGAACGCUCUUCUCGAGCUCUCCAAGAAGAGAGAACUAUUUCAAGAUUUGGCCCCACUACUAUGGAAUUCAUUUGGUACUAUUGCUGCACUCUUGCAGGAAAUUGUCUCCAUCUACCCAGUUUUGUCACCACCAAACCUCACUCCUGCUCAAUCUAAUAGAGUUUGCAAUGCACUCGCACUUCUUCAGUGCGUAGCCUCUCACCCAGACACCAGAAUGCUGUUCCUUAAUGCUCAUAUUCCUCUGUAUUUGUAUCCUUUUCUUAAUACAACAAGCAAAUCAAGACCUUUUGAAUACCUGAGGCUUACUAGCUUAGGUGUCAUUGGUGCCCUGGUAAAGGUUGAUGACAAUGAUGUUAUCAAUUUCCUUCUAUCAACUGAAAUAAUUCCACUCUGUCUGCGCACAAUGGAGAUGGGCAGUGAGCUCUCAAAAACAGUUGCAACUUUCAUUGUGCAAAAAAUCCUUCUGGAUGAUAUGGGUUUGGAAUACAUAUGUACCACGGCGGAGAGGUUUUUUGCUGUAGGCAGGGUGUUGGGAAACAUGGUGGUUGCACUUGCUGAGCAGCCCUCGUCUAGGUUGCUCAAGCAUAUCAUUCGGUGUUACCUUCGGUUAUCUGAUAAUCCAAGGGCUUGCGAUGCACUCAGAAGUUGUCUUCCAGACAUACUUAGGGAUGCCACCACCUUCAGCAAUUGCCUUCAUGAGGAUCCAACAACAAGGAGGUGGCUUCAACAGCUGCUUCAGAAUGUGCAAGGUCCUUGUGCUUCCCUUCAAGCAGGCGGAGGAUUUGAUCGUAUGCUGGUGAGCUAAAUUGGCUUGACCUGACCUCGUUGUGAAUCUGCUGCAUAUAGUAAAGCCUGAACGUAAAAUCCCCAGAGAAGUUCUUUCGCUCUACAUUGAGGUUAAAAUUUUUCCCAUUGAUUGUGCAGUAACCUCAAUCUCCAGGAACGUAAAAAGUUCAGAUAUUUGCAGACUCUAUCGACUUCUAUUAUUUAUGUUACCCAAUAACAGUAUUUAAACUCUUUUUCCUAGCUUAGGGUUCACAUAUUUCAAGAGCUAGGCUCUAUUUGGCAUAUUUAGCUUUUAAGCUAGUUUAAAGCUAAUAGCUACUAGCUUAUUUUUUAAGCGUUACUUAGAGUAGUGUUUUAAGAUAAGUUAUUAUUUUAACAUCUUUAUGUUUUAUAAAAUAAAACUUAUAGCUUAUUUGUAGUUUAAAAUAAGCUCUACCAAAUAUUGCCGUAUUAUACUUACAGUCUGAUUGUUGAAAAUAACUUGCAACUAUAAAUAGUUGAAUUGUUUAGUUGGUUAGA